UCAGGCACUAAUCUAACCAGCCUAGCAAAGGUUGGCCAUCUCUGUCUUUACUCUUAUUUUACUGAUCCGAUCAUCUUGCCCCGUUUCUUCCACGUCACAAACAGGCCAGGCUGGUUGUUUGGAAAUGAAGAUGCGUCUUCUUCUUUGGUUCUGCCUCUGCCACCAGGGAUUGACUAAUGGGCCCAGUCCAGAAGCUCUGGAUGUUUCUGGUCUUGUAGAUGAGGAGGCGGAGAAAAAUGAAACAGUUCUUAAUUGUAGAGGAAGCCGAAUGUUCAACCCAAAAGAACACCAGGCAGUAGGGGGCACUGUAGAACGACUUGGUAUACAGCUCCUGGAAAAUCUUCCUGUUGGUCCACAGCAGCCAAAUGUCGUCCUCUCACCUCUCAGCCUGGCCUUUGCCCUCGCUCAGCUCACCUUAGGUGCUCGCAACGAGACAGAGACGUUGCUGCUAAAGACCCUUCGUGCUCAGAAUCUGCAGUGUUACCAUCACACACUGGGAAACCUUGUCCAUCAUCUCAGCAACACAUCACUGGAUGUGGCAGCACGCAUGUAUAUGAGACGAGGUUUUGAAGUGAAGUUGUCUUUUGUCGUGGACUCUUUGGCCAGGUACCGAUCACAGCCUGUUCCUCUGGUUUCGGUGGAAGAAGUCAACCAGUGGGUGGAGGAUGCCACCCACGGUCACAUUCCCAACUUCCUGGAAACCAUUCCUCACAAUGUGGUGGUCAUGCUCAUGAAUGCUGUGUACUUCAAAGGUGAAUGGCAGACUCGAUUUGACCCGCUAUCCACCUCAAAGGGAGUCUUCUAUGUGGACAGCAAGAACUCAGUGUCAGUGGACAUGAUGAAGUCGGCACAUUAUCCUGUCCGCUUUCUGGAUGAUCCAGAGCUAGACGCACAGGUCGCCAGUUUUUCCUUUAAGGGAAACACCAGCUUCCUUAUUGUCCUGCCGUUGCCAGGCAGAGAAAACGUGUCCUCUGUGCUUCCCAAACUGAACAUUUCCGACCUCUACAGGCGUCUACCUCAGGAGAAAACCAUGCAGGUCAACUUACCAAAGGUGAAGCUACGGUAUCAUCAUGAGCUCCAGGAGGCGCUGACCAGCAUGGGACUCGGCUCGCUAUUUUCCGGUCCUGACCUCUCCGGGAUUUCAGAUCAGCCUCUAAAGGUGACCGGCGUCCGCCAUGCCAGCACUGUAGAGUUCAGCGAGGAAGGCGUGGAGGCGUCCGCCACCACCGCCGUGACCUCCAUGCGCUCCGUCUCCCUCUUCUCUGUCAACUCCCCUUUCCUCUUUGCUCUCGUCGACGACGCCUCCCUGGUCCCGCUCUUCAUGGGCGUCGUCACAAACCCCGCCCCGAACCAUGACGGCAUGCCCAAGGAUGACCCUCACGGCAACAGCACCAUGAGUGACCAACCUGAGACGGACAGCGUAAGGGAGAGAGACAUUAGUAGCAAAGAAAGCAGCAGGUUGCCGUGAACUGGAGGGCAACGUUGAUCAGAAGACCACGUGAGGAGAAGAAACCUGCCCCACGCCCGUUUAAAAAGAAACGUUUGCUGAGUUAGACGUUUAGAUUAGCGCUGAUCUUCAUGGUAGGCUUAAGACUUAAUUUUCUGUUUUCAGGGUCCGCAGAGAGUUCCUUGUCACAGACUGUAUAUAAAAGUGGACAUGGUCUUCAAGUUGCAAAGCAAAGUCCGUUUUUUUUCCCUCUAAAUAUGAACAUCAUUUACAAAGCUGACACAUCACAUCCCACUGAAGAAGAGCCAAAAUUAGUGAUUGAGUCCUUUUUUUGCAAUCAGCAGUUGUCGCCCCCCUGGUGGCUGACUGCUGCUUCCAUUCUUCUUCCUUGGCUUCGCCGUUCAAACCAGAAGACCACGUCCACUUUUUAUAUACGCUCUCUGUUCCACACGUGUUGAAAAUCAGACGUAUGUAUUUACACAGCCUCAUCCAUUUCACACACAAGUCCGUUUGAUGUGUGUGUCUUCUGGUCUUCUGACAUGUGGACAGUUUAUUGUCUAAUCUCUGCAAGAAAAGACAACGUGAUUCCUCGGUAAAAUCAGACAUGCGACAAACGCCUCGCCCUCUCGUUUUUCUUGAAGCGGUUGGGGAAACAUCGGCAUCCACUGCUCGAGUUGAUGAAACACCAGGUUUCUGCAGACUGGGGAUGUUUUAUACAUUUCACAUGUUCAGAUUACGACGUCAAUGAUGAUGAAAGUGCUCCUCACACUGGUUCCUCAGAGAAAAAACGUUACUCAAGUCGUUCUGUCCAUUUUUGCAAUGUGAUGACUUUAAUUCACGUCACGGAAAAUAAAAGGUUGACAGGAGAAAGUGUUUUUGAUGCGAGAAGACGUCAGGAUUUGUUUGUGGAGAAUCGGUUUAUUAAAUAAUUCACUUUG